AUGGUGAAGGCGUACCUCAAGGCCCGGUCGUCCUCCCGCCCACGCACACAGAACCACAGAUGGGAACCCUCCAAGCUAGAGCUUGCGACAUCCCUGGCCGAGCAGCAGGUCGCCAACCUCAAGCCCGACCCCCCGGCGUACAGAUGGCACGGAAAUAUCGCGAGCUGCGCGGGCAGGCUCUACCAGAUCGAGCACUGUCGCCGACUGUCCCGCGUACUACCGUCCGCCGGCGUGCUCCCCGUCGUCGCCCUGGACGGCGCCACGGUCUUCAUGGCCUCGGGCGAGAUCGAGAUGGGCAAACACGCCGGGAUCUUCGUCCUCACCCCCUUCGACCUCAAGGCUAUUCCGCUCCACAGGGUCUUCCACCUGUUCGCGCAGAGCGGCACCGAAGGGCCGUUCCAGUACAAGGGCCUGUUCAAGGCAAAGAGAACCGGCGAGCCUCUCAAGCGCAAGGCGUUCCUUGCACUGCCCGAUGCGAUCCAAAAGCGGGCUGUGGGGAUCAUGCAUGUCGACAGAAGAUCGGAGGACGCCGCCGCGAAGACAGCGUAUCGGCAGUGGCGCUUUGGCCCGACGGUGCCUAUAGGAGAGCUCGUGCUGUUAGAGUUUUGCGGUGCUCCUCGUGAUCAUCUCGCCUUCAAGGACACCUUGAGGGGACACCUUGCGAGCGCGCAGCGCAUGUUGCAACCGAACCCUCGGUGA